GGCACUCGAAAGAAAAGUCCUUGGAAUAAUUUCGAAAUCGUAAUUAAAAAGUUAGUUGGGACGUGUUUGGAAGUUUUUCUCAAUUUGCGGUUUCUUCCUUCUUGGGACGAGGGGAAGGCCAAAUUAAUUCGCAAUUUCCAGGCGAAUAGGAGGCGAUAAUUUUAAACAGACGGCUUUGAGAGGAAGCCAAAGGAUGUUGGAGAGUAGCCACGUUCCCGCCGUUCGGUCGGGGAUAGGCAAUUCGGCUAUAGUUAUGGAACGACCGAGUCACGAAGGAAAGACGUUGAUGCGAGACGUCCGUUCUUUCCAAACAUCCUCUCUGAAGAAAGUCGAGACUCGAGUCACCACCUCAUCGGGACGUCAGUUACUAGAAAGUAAGGACAAUCGCGGCAACCUUAACUGUAGAAUCUUGGGUAGUUGCGGUUCCUGGUUCGUCAGAGAUUGCAGACCAGAUUUGCAUAUCGGAAGAGUUCUUCAGGAUCUCUACGUGGGUUCUCAAGACGUGGCUCAGGACUUGGGCGUUCUCAGGCAGAAUCGCAUCACGCACGUGUUGAACGUGGCUUCGUGGGUAGACAAUCUUUACGCCGACGAAAUCAUCUACAAAAAGUUGAACAUUCGCGAUAUUCCGUCCGCCAACAUCCGACAACACUUCGAGUCCUGUUUCGACUUCAUCGACGAGGGAAGGGAAACGGGCCGAGUCUUCGUUCACUGCAAUGCGGGCAUCUCGCGUGCUUCCACCAUCGUCAUCGGAUAUCUAAUGAGUCGCUUCGGCCUCAGAUUCGACGAGGCCUUCCUCAAAGUCAAAGAGGCUCGACCCUGCAUCUGCCCUAACGAAGGCUUUCGCAGGCAACUGAAGGAGUACGAAAACGAACUCUUCCGCGACUACCGGGUGAAGAGCGACAGAAGUCCACGCAUUGCCCUCUCCGACAAGUAACGUUUUUAUUUUACUACGCCUUCACAGUUUUAACCACAAAUCCAGAGAGAGACCACAAAAUUAUCCACUUGAAACUGUUUAUAUUUCUCUUUCGCGCCUUUCGCAUUUUUGGAUUUAAAUAAGAAAUGUUUCUUACCUUUUCUAAAUUGGGAUAUUUUAUAAUAAAGUUUUAAUUGUCCGAAGGCGACUUUUAUAAGGAUUUCCAUGUCAAAAAUUCUUUUAACCAAUAAAAUCGUUUUUAAAGUUG